AUGUCGACCAAGCAGGAGUCGGGCCAGGCCAGCCCUUGGACUGAGGCCGACUACGACGAGGCGCUGAGACAGAGACGCGAGCUGGAGGACCGCGAGAUCCAGCACGAGUUCACCUCCAAAUGGGAGCAGCUCCGAGGCCGCCUGGUCGGACUCUAUCAGCGCAAGGCAGCACUGCAGAACGACCUGGACGGCAUCGCCAAAGCUAUCAGGUUCCACGAGGACGACCAGGAGCGUCUCGGCAAGACCUGGGACAGCGCCGUAGCCGAGAUUAACACCCAACGCCAGCGCGAGGACCAGCAGCGCGACAUGCUCGUCUCGCAGGAACGCGAGCGCCGCGCCAACAACGCCAACGGCACGCCGACCCCCAAGGCCAACGGCCACCACCCCGCCGACAUGGCCAACCAGCCGACGGGUGGCUGGACAAGCAUCAAUGGCUCCCGAGGCCGCAAGGGCGCUGCCCGGGACGACGACGACGAGCUGCCCACCGACCCUGGCAACUUGCUGUCGAGCGGCUACCAGCCCACAGAGGAUGGCGAGCCCAACGGCAAGCCCAACGUCUACCGUCCCAACGGCAUCGACGUGGACAUGGACGACUCCGAGGCCGCCUUGGCUGUUAGAACCAGACCACUGAAGCCCAAGCAGCAACAGCAGCAGCGCCACAGCCUUCCUGGCUUUCACUCGGAGGCCGGUCGAGACUCGCCCGUGGAUUCCAAGGGCCGAUCGCCCUCGGGUCGCAGAUCGCUCCCCGGCGCACGAGCCGGCUCCCACGCAGCAGAGCCCAACCCGCAAGAUCAGAUCGAGAUCAACCGCGAUACCUUGGUCCUCAAGCACAACGGUACCCACUACACCGAGCCGGCCAUGUAUGCCGGGGUUCCACUCAAGAAGAUUUCCCCCGGUGACGAUUACUGGGACGUGGAAUGGAUCCCCCUCGAGGACCACCUCAAGCCCCAGCUGGAGCAGUGGCAGGAGAAGCUCGACAAGCUCCGCCAGGACAAGACGGCCGUGCGACAUACAGUAUUCCUUGCAAACCGCCAGGUCAACCGUGGCCAAGCUGUCAUGGACUUCCUGGCUGGCGCGGACCCGGAGUUCCACCCUUACCAGUAUGUCGGUAAGGAAAUGAUGAUCAAGUUCUACAAAACCUUUAUCAACUACGAUACCAUGUUUCGCUUGAUCAAUGUCCACGAGGAGCUCAAGAAGUUUGACCUCGACGUUACUCCCCUGGAGUGGCUCCGCCACCGUAUGUACGAGGUUGCGACGGCCCAGGGCGACAAGUUCAACCUGUCCAAGUAUACCCACGACCUCUACCACGACGCCAAACUCAAGAUCCUCCGCGAGAAGCACGGUUUUGGCAACAUCGGUCGACCCUCGGGCUACAAGGUUGGCGAGAAGAACCCGGACAAGGGCAAGGCAAAGAUCAAGCGCGAGCAGCUGGGCCUCGCCGGCCGUCGCAAGGUACGACGCUCUAUCGGACAGGUUGACAUGGACGAUACCCAGAGCUUGGAUGGUUUCCCUCAGCAGCAGCAGCCGCCUCAGGAGUUCCUGGACCCCGUCACGCCCCGAAUGCAGAAGCGACAGCGCCUCGAGGCUGUCCCGCCCAUGGUCAUGAUGCCUCCGCCGCAGCAGCAACAGCAGCAGCAGCAGCAGCAGCAGCAGCAGCAACCCGAACCGGCGCCUCCUGCUCCCGAGGUGGAUGACCUAGAGUUCGAUGGCUGGACCUCUAGCGAUUCGUUCUCCGCGGGCCGUAUAUCCGUCUGUGACUUCCGAGUCCACCAGAUCAAGACAUCGCAGCUCACGACUAGCACCGAGGUGACGCAGUACUGGACAUGGAAGCAGAACGGCGUUUUCGAGCACCAGGUUCUCCGUGACGUCCACCCCAAGGUUACCUGGGGAUACUACCAGAAGCCGAUCAAUUUCGACAUCAACCUGGCCGAGGUCAUCGAGGUCCUGUACGCCCGCAGCAGCCAGAAGGUAGUCGUCCGCUUCAAGGACUCGGAACGAGGCGAUGUGCUCGCGUUCUUUAAGCGCGAGCGCACUCGAAACCGCUUCUUGAGCUUUCUCCGUAAGAGGAACAUUGUCCUGACCAAGUCCACUCCUGAGCAGCUCGAGGACGCUUGGAAUAGCGUGAAGAGCGACACGCUGCCUGGCGACGAGUAA